CCUCUUUAGGAUUGAACGUUAAACUUGCGUAAUGAUAACGCUAAGAAAUUGUGUUCAACUACAGUACAAUAAGUAUCAAUAUAACUAACCAUGACUAUAAAUAGUUACGGCGACUAAUAUUGCCAAUUCUUUUUCAUUUUUUUAAUGAAAAUUUUUCAUUUCUUACGUGAAUGAUAUUCAGUAUAUAAAUGGGUCGAAUCCUUUUGAUAAAAAAAAAAAAAGAACCAUCGAAACUUUUUAUUUUUUCUUUGCGAGAUAAUUUAAAAAAAAAAUGACUAAAAAAGGGUUUUACUUAUGUUUGAGAGUUACACAAUAUUUGGCUUUAUUAUGUAUAAUUGGUUUAGAAAUAACUCAAUUAGUAUUCUUUAAACGUUAUAAGGAUGCUAUAUCAUUCGAAGAAUCUGCUACCUGGAAAGAUUGGUUUGAAAGUUUUUACAAAAGACAUGGAAUCAAAUAUUUUUAUUAUGUAGUCAUUGUAAUUACAUUAAUAUAUAUUCUGUAUAGUCUGAUUACUUUUACACGUCGAUGGAAAACUGGGCCAUAUCGAAAGGUUAUCUUUGUCGACAUCUUCUUUUUAUUAUUGUGGUUAGCAGUCGGAUUCACAAAUAUUUAUCCGAUAUACUUUGAUGGUUCACUAAAUUGUGAUAUAAAGGAAGAAUUCAAAGAUUUACCUGGUAGACUAACAGAAUGUCGUGCUUAUCUUGCGAGUAUGGCUAUUGGUUGGUUCAUGGCUUUAUUAUUCUUACAUACAGCCAUUCAUUCAGUUUAUUUAUGGUCUCAUCGUGAUAAAAUUCAUGCUCAAAAUGAUAAAAAUGUUUCUUAUCCUAAUCCAGAUAAUCCUGUGGUAUGAUGUAAAUGUUGUAAAUGAUGUAAAUGAUGUCAUGAUCUCGAAAACACGAUCUAGUUCCAAAUUUGAUUAGGUUUAUUACAUGACAUCAUUUUAACUAAAAUUACUAAUAAUUUUAAUUAUCUGAAUAUAGUUUAAUAGAUAUAAUUGUAGAUAAUAUCAUUAAUUUAUCCCCCAAAUUUAGCAUUAUAUUUUAAUAAAAAAAUAGAACAUUAAUUAUUUUUAUCUAUUAACUAAUAUAAUUAUUU